UGCCCAUAAGCUUACUGAUCCAGUGGUGAGUCACUUCUCACUAAGCACUGACAACAGAACAGGUCCAGCUAAGGAAGACCUGAGCCUGUCCAACAUGAGGUCUAAAACAAUGAUUUGGAAGUUGAUCCAUUUCAGUGGUGUCUUUCUUGGAGCUCUCACACUCCCAACUCCAUCUUCACUCCCCACUACCAACACUGAGGAAAGACCCUGUCAGAUCUACAACUCUGACCGAUCUGCAGAUUGUCUGGGAAGACAGCUUGACAGUAUCCCAUGGAGACAAUUUCCACCCACACUUGAAGAAAUAGACCUCUCCUAUAAUGAACUUCAAGCUGUUUAUGCUGAUGACCUUUUCCACCUCCCUAAGCUUCGUAUCCUCAAGCUUCAGUACAAUAACAUUUCAUACAUUGACAAUGAUGCCUUCAGAAACAACACACUCUUGGAGUAUCUUGACAUCUUCAAUAACUCCCUGCAGGAAAUUCCUGCCAGAGCUCUGACACCUCUCGUUAUUCUAAAAGAGCUCUACAUGUCUAAUAACCUUUAUAUAAAUGCAACUUUGGCUGACUGCUUCUCCAAACUUUCCAGACUCCAGGUUCUCUCCAUGGGCGGCCCUUUGGUGAUGGGCCUAAAAAAAAAAGAUUUUCAACCCCUGAAGAACCUUAAGCUCCAAGGAUUUGCUAUUAAAUGUUCCUCCCACCUCCAUUACUAUGAGCCUGGAAGUUUAGAAGUCAUUCAGACAAGUCAGAUGGGCUUUGACAUGGCUAUAGACCAACACCCAAAUGCUCUUGUUCAUAUGCUACAGGACCUAGCUAACAAAACAUUCACAGUCAUUCAAUUUCGUAACCUCUUUGAAUUCACAUACUACAUGGGACAGGAGGACAUUUUUCAGGGUUUAAAACACAUUAAAGCCAAGCAACUCAUCUUUCACAGAGGAAAAUUCAAUGAGAACCUUAUAAGGAUGGCUUUAAUCAAUUUACAAGCAACCAGCAUCAAAAGAUUAAGACUUCAGUACAUUGACUUUGCCCGUUCGCCAACAUUUGUUGAUAGUGGUGCAAGUUCCAGCAUCACAGAUCUUGUACUGGAUAAACUGGAUCUUUGGUACAUCAGCAAUCCUGAUGUGCUACGAUUUGAUUGGCGUUUCACCUGGUUCAAGAAAGUUAAGCAACUGUCUAUUCAACAUGUGUAUUUCAACUCGGCACCCUGCGAUUCGUGGGUUGAGAUGAACGGUGUGGAAUUACUAGAUGUCUCCAAUAAUCGACUAAAAAAUGAGUUUGUAUUCAACCAGCGAUGCGAUUACAAGAACACCAUGCCGAAUCUUCAUACAUUCAACACAAGCAACAAUGAGUUGACCAGCUUAAAAGACUUAUCAUCCCUCACAAAAGAAUUCCAGGAGCUAAAGGUUUUGGAUUUCAGCUACAACAAAUUAGGAUCUGCUAAAGAUAGCCAAAAUUGUGUCUGGAAACAAAAUAUCACCAAGUUUAUUGCUCACCAUAAUAACUUUGUAAGUGAAGCUCUCAGUUGUCUACCAACCACAGUACAGUACUUGGAUCUGUCCUACUGUGAUCUGGACCAGCUGGACAUGAACUACUUUGAGAAAACCACCAACCUCAAAACCCUUCUACUGAGUGGGAAUAAAAUUAAAUUCAUCCCAUCUAAAUGGGAAAGUGCAUCACUGCAAUCGCUAGCUUUGGAUGGGAAUUCAUUUGGCCUAAUUAGCAAAAAAUCCUUUGAAGAUAUGCCUCAGUUGUCUCAACUUCAGGCAGGGAACAAUCCUUAUCAUUGUACAUGUGAGCUUCAUGCUUUCAUCCAGGACACGAUUUCAAAAGGAAAGGUAAACCUCACAAACUGGCCUGAGAACUACAAGUGUUACCACCCGGAGGCUUUGCUCAACACAGUCAUAGCCAAAUACUUUCCGGGUCAUGUAGCAUGUGACAUCAGACUGGUUAUCAUCAUCUGUGUUGCAACCACCACAGCAGUGAUCUUAAUACUUAUGCUGAUUUGCUAUAUUUUUGACCUCCCAUGGUACACUAAAGCAACAUACCAGAUCAUCAGGGCUAAAUACAGAGCUCACAAGGAGAAAGCAGCUGGUGAUCUGGAAACUUUUACCUACCAUGCCUUCAUAUCCUACAGUCACUCAGAUGCUGACUGGGUGAGGCACCAGCUCUUACCCUGUUUGGAGAACAACACGAACCCCUAUCGUCUAUGCAUUCAUGAGAGGGACUUCAUGCCUGGAAAGUGGAUCAUUGAUAACAUCAUUGAGAAUAUUGAAAGCAGUCGUAAGGUAAUGUUUAUUCUCUCACGGCACUUCGUUAACAGUGAGUGGUGCAACUAUGAGCUGUACUUUGCUCAGCAGAGAGCAAUGGGAAAAACCUUCAGUGAUGUCAUCUUAGUGGUUAAGGAGCCUAUUGAUCCAAACUCCUUACCCAGCAAGUAUUGCAAGCUCAAGAAGAUGCUGAGUACAAAGACAUACCUGGAGUGGCCCCAGCAGGUUAACCAACAGGCAUUUUUCUGGGCACAGCUGAGGAGUGUCCUGGGAAAGCCAACAACCCAAGAGCGGGCAAACAGUGUUAAGAGAAGAACCCUAUCUGCGGGAAGAAUAUCUGUGAUUGGUCCCCCUAUUGAGGAAAGGGUGCCAGAAGAAGAUAAGAUGACUGUGGAAAAAGAAGCAGAACCCACAAACGAAGCAAAUGAAGAGCCAUUAAAUCAAAUACCACUGGUGGCAUUUUAGCCAUUAAAUUAAAAAGAACUAUUAAACAAAUGCCUUUCUCAGUAUUUUCUCAGUAAAGACCUCCCCUCAAGUAACCUUUUUGUUUAGGCUAUGCCAACAAGGGAGCAAAAUACAGCAUCUCAUUGUGAUAACAAAGAAAAACAAACAACCCCUGCCCAACAAUCUGUCUGCCCAAGGCAGUCUGUCAUGUCAUCCCUGACAGCUGAGCUGAUGGCCUCUGCUUCACUUUCCCUCAGUGUCUCAGGCCAGGUGCCCUGCUGACAGGCGCUGAAAGGCCGGCUCACAUGAGAUCUCCCAUGUUGCACUCUGGAUAACAAGCAAGGUCCCAGCAAACCAUGGUGACAGGUGCCACACUGUGAAAGGACUGUGCACUCUUACAUUCUUGGCCCUCAGAGGUAUGAGAUCAUGAAUGUUCAAACUCAGAUCAAGCCGAGUCAAAUGAAACCAUAUAGUAACAAUACAAGCGAUAUCAAGUUGUAGAGCAAAAGCUUAGAAACUGGAGAAUGAUAAUGCUCCAUCAAUCAGUGUUUGUAUCAGCACUAGUCAUUUUGAAGUUUUCGGUGCAAUAUUCAAUGUGUUUCAAGCUGAAUACUAUUCCUAUUUUAGUGAAUACUGCACACAGGUAGUCACCAAUUUAAGUUACUGCCAAAUGUCAGUCUGAACUUGUGUGCUUGCUGUUUGUUUAUUCCUAAAGCCAUCCCUCAUGAGUUACUAUUAGCUUUGCUGUUGGCAUACAUUGCAAAAGCACACUCACAGACAUUGCUCACUUGACACAUGUCAUACUUUCAAUGGGUCCUCUAUGAAUCACUGUUUCAUAUAAUAGUUAAUGUUUAUCAAAUAUCUGUUCAGUUUUCAGUGUUAUCAUUGUCACCAGGUAUAAUAUAACUAAGGGAAUUAGAAUGAGUUAUACAGACAGAUAGCAGAUACAUGUCCAGUGCCUGAAUGAAGUUAGAUUUAGUUGUCUUUACACAUGCUUUAAAUAAAAUAAAAGCUGUUGUAUGAUUAAGAAAAAAUGACAAAAAUGGUUUUGCCAGUUGAUAAAUGUGAAUGUACGUUUGUUACAUAUUGUUUGUGAUGGAAGGUUUUUGUUCUAAAUAUUGAGUCAUUAUGUCUACCUUACUACUAUUUUCAAUCAUUUGGAUUCAGUAAUGUA